AUUUUAAAAGCCCAAAUUUGAAAAGCACGUGAAAGAGAGACUUCAAUUUCUUCCAACUGAUCACCUAUUCCGAUCGAUCUGGUUUUACAAAUCGUCGGCAACGCUUCCGAUCUAUCUAAAACUCGCUUCCAACUCCGAAUUUUCUUGCGAUUCCGAAAGAUUCCAAGCGAUUCCGUUUACGCUUUCGAUUCCAGAGCGGGAAUCAGAGCUACACCGAAUUUGUGCUACCUAGCUUUGCCCAAAGGAAAAAGCAGAUCAGAAGAAAUAGGAGGAUGGCGAAGCUGAUUCUAUUCACUGCCGUAAUUAUCGCGAUUCUCUCCCACGGGGGCUCCGUUGAUGACAAAUGCGCUGCUUGUAACGCCGUCGCGGACGAAUUGGAGUCACAGUUUUUGAAGGAAAAACCACGGAACCAUGUUGAUAUGAGAAACCGACUGAAUUCUAAAGGCCAGCGAGAAGGAAAGGUGAUUGAUUACAGAAUAAGCGACCUGAGGGUGGUUGAUUUGUUGGACGGGCUGUGUGAUAGAAUGCAGGACUAUACUCUACAAAAGGUGGAAUCUAAGAGUAGACAAUGGGUCAAAGUGGCAAAUUUUGACAAUCUAACAAAUAAACAAGAAGCUAAAGCACAUGCAAAUGACAUUUCAACUUAUUGUGGAAGAUUGCUGGAGGAAACUGAAGAUGAGCUUGCUGAGGUAAUAAAGAAUGGAUCCUUAAAAGUAGGAGACGUACGCAAGGUUAUGUGUCAAACUCUAAGUAACCACUGCAGCAAAUCAAGUGAAACAGACUCAGAGGAUGAGGAGGACGACGAUGCAGAUGAAUUGUAGCAUAAUCCAAUGAAAAUCUCACCACUUCACCAUCAAGUGAAGGUUUCAUUAUGGAGAUAUUUAUCAACGACUCAUAUGUAGCUCAGACACAGUUUGAAUAUUUAUGUUCCAUUUAUUUUAUGUAUGUCUUUUAUGUUGUGAACUAAUACUCUUUAUGGAAAAAGCAAAGAAGAGUUUAAAAAUAUAAAGAUAAACAUAAAAUUUUCAUUUUUUUUUUCUGAA